AUGGGUCUCAUUGAUAAGCUACAAGCCAAACUCGAGCUGUACCGCCUCGAACAGCGCUAUGCUCGUCGCAAGCACCGCAGCACAUUCUCCACGGGCGCUCAAUACGUCGAUGGCGAAUACGUCUUCAACACAGGCACAAACUCCCCCACCAGCACGGUCUCCAAGCACUCCACCGGUAGCUGGCGCCCAUCUGCACUGCGCGGGUCACAAGAGUCGCGCUGGAGGUGA